AUGGGGUUCAGGACCCAGAACACCCUUGGACUUACCCUACUGCUGCUCCUGCUGCCACUGCCACUCAGGGGCCAGACCAGCAUGAGCUGCUAUGGGAUCCCGGGGAUGCCGGGUCUGCCAGGGGCUCCAGGGAAGGACGGGCAUGAUGGGCUCCAAGGGCCCAAGGGGGAGCCAGGAAUCCCAGCUAUCCCUGGUACACAAGGACCCAAGGGCCAGAAAGGAGAACCUGGCACACCUGGUCAUCCUGGGAAAAAUGGUCCCAUAGGGGCCUCUGGGAUUCCAGGGAUCCCAGGCAUCCCAGGCCCCCCUGGAGAGCCAGGCGAGGAGGGUCGAUACAAGCAGAAGCACCAGUCUGUGUUCACAGUGACAAGGCAGACAAUCCAGUACCCAACACCCAACAACCUGGUCAAGUUCAACACAGUCAUCACCAACCCGCAGGGUCACUACAACACGAGCUCUGGCAAGUUCACCUGCAAAGUCCCCGGCCUCUACUACUUCGUCUAUCACACAUCGCAGACGUCCAACCUGUGCGUGCUUUUGUACCAUAGUGGCGUCAGGGUGACCACCUUCUGUGAGCACAUGGCCAACACCAAUCAGGUCAGCUCAGGCGGUGUGCUGCUGCGGCUGCAGGUGAACGACGAGGUGUGGCUGGCUGUCAACGACUACAACGGCAUGGUGGGCACCGAGGGCUCAGACAGCGUCUUCUCCGGCUUCCUGCUCUUUCCCGACUAG